CUCCGUCAUCAACACAAGUCACGUUAUGUGUCUUAUCUGACUCUCUUGUUUGUUUGUUAUAACCGUGUUUUGGGGAAGCGGUCUCGAUCUCCUGCCUGAAGAAGCGCCAGUUCCAGUGACAUUUCGGGAGCAUGGCCGACGGUCCGGAGGCUGAUGUUGACGACCCGCCCAGUAUCAGUUUCCCCCCGCUCAUCACUGUCUCCGAUCUGCCCAGCGCCACAGCAGCAGGCCGUAACCUGAAGGAAUGGCUCCAGGAGCAGUUCUGCGACAAACCCCUGGAGCAGGAUGACAUGCGGCUGCACAAUGCGGCCUACGUCGGAGAUCUGGACACCCUAAGGAACCUGCUGCAGGAAGACAGCUUCAGACGGCGCAUCAAUGAGAAGUCUGUUUGGUGCUGUGGCUGUCUGCCCUGCACCCCUCUGCGGAUCGCCUCUACGGCAGGACACGCCACCUGUGUGGCCUAUCUGAUCGCCCAGGGCGCCGUGGUGGACCUGGUCGACGUGAAAGGUCAGACGGCCCUCUACGUAGCUGUGGUGAACGGUCACCUGGACUGUGUCCGGAUCCUCCUCGAGGCCGGAGCCGACCCCAACGGAAGUCGCCACCAUCGCAGCACUCCGCUGUACCACGCCGCGCGGGUGGGAAGGAUGGACGUACUGCAGGAGCUCAUCAGGUUCAAAGCUGAUGUAAACAUGGACCACCAGCUGGGUCCCCGGCUCCUCUUAAGCGCUCGCACCCUCAACACCCUGGUGGUGUGUCCUCUCUACAUCAGCGCGGCCUACCACCACCUCCAUUGCUUCCGGCUGCUGCUCCAGGCCAGCGCUCAGCCUGACUUCAACUACACGGGGCCCGUCUGCCAAGAGGCUCUGUCCCGCGGCCUGGCCUCCUGCCUGCUGGAUGCCGUGCUGCGACACGGAUGUGAGGUGGCCUUCGUCCACCUGCUGCUGGACCACGGGGCCGACCCGGCUUUCGUGCCCUGGGACGGAUUGGAGCUGGAGGCUCCCAAUCGGAGGAAGGUGGAUCCGGAGGCGCUGCGGGUCUUCCUGGAGGCGAGGAGAUGCCCUUGCAGGCUGACAAACCUGUGUCGCAUCAGGAUCCGCAAAGCGAUGGCCAAAAAUCGCCUAAAUCACAUACCCUCGUUACCGCUGCCACAACCCAUCAAGAACUUUCUGCUUCACCACAACUGACAACCAUCCUUCCCUUCUUCUACAGAGCUCUUCUGACCCAAAACCUUGGAAAAAAAAAACUCCCAGAAUAUCACAACACAAAUAGGAGAUUUUGUGAUCCCUGUAUUCUAAUUGCUAAGCUAGACAGUUCAUAAUAUUAUUUUUCAAAAUGAAAUAAUAAUUAAAUAAUAGUCCUAUCUUCCUGUUAUUAUACUAAUUUAUUGAAAUGCCUCUGAACUUAUCAGAGAAGCCUUAGUAAGUCCUGGCUUGUGGAAGCUAUUCGUGUAUCCUAAGUGUUUGACUUGUGACUUCCUCAAUCACCGGAUAUGUUCUGGUCCUGCUUCAAGUAGCACUUUUCAGCUUAAAAGCCAUUGUGAGCAUGUCAUUUUGUGAGAAGCUAUGAGUUAGCAUGCCAUGUAUUAAAUAUUCCAUUCAAAAGGAAAAACACACUACCCACAUCCAGCUCAUUGAAUUGCUCAUUUACCUGUUUUAUGUAAACUUGGAUUUCAGGUCUUUCACCAACUCUCAGCCAGAGUGAAUGGAAGAAUAUGCAGCAACCCUGCAUUCUUAAAGGUUUUCCAUUGGAUAUCCAGAGCAUUGAUACAGCAACAAACAACUAGUAUCUAUGUAAAGAUAUAGUGGAGUAAUGUUUACCUGAGCAGAGAGUGAAGUCGCCCUCCCUCUGAGUGUGUUCUUAUCCAAGCUUCUCCUUGCUUUAAUGACAUCGCCGAGCCGGCCGUUAGACAUGAGAUGUCACUUGAGCGUGCCCCACUGGCUAGCCCACUGCCGCCGCUCUGCACUGCUCUCAUACAGCGGCUUGUUUCGGAUGCAUAGCACCCACCCCCCGGCACCACCCCCAGGUAAACAGUGAACACUUUUCCCCUCUUUUGCACUGUUAGCUGCAAGCUGCCGGCACAGCCAUCGCCAUGUUGAGAGCCGUUGAGAGGCAACAGAAAUGCUCUAAAUUGCGUAUUUAAGUUUACACUGUAGAUCACUUGUAUUAUAAGUGAUCACCAGUGUGAAGUACAAGGAUAAAGAAGUGUUCUAUAGAUUAGAUUCAUAUUCUGCUUCUUUUGAGGAGAAAAGUCUGCAUUUGGGGUCUAAUAGCUCAUGUACAUGUUACUAUCAUGUACAAACCUGCCCUGUUGAGUCAUAUUUAACAAAACUCUUUCUGUGAAUGAAACUUAUUCAUGAUGAAUAGAUCAACUUUGUAUUUAUUGCCCAGAAAGCUGCCUUCUCUGUGAGUCUGUUGCACCUAUUGGCUUCUGAGCGUAUUUGUUGCACAUAUAGGUGCAUCUCAAUUAUGAAAAUCAUCGAAAAGUUAAUUUAUUUCAGUAAUUCAAUUCAAAAAGUGAAACUCAUAUAUUAUGUA